GUGCAGGUAGGCUCUCGGAAGAGUGGCGUCCCGAGGGCACCUUGCAUCUCAGCGCGUUCUCCCGGUCCUCCCAGUGGCACGAGUCUCUGCCCUUCCCAGAAUGACCGCAGUGGCUGCUGUUGGCCAGGUGGUUUAGGACGAUGUCUGGACAGCUACCACCGAACAUCGACCUCAAGGAGCCCCGAUGGGAUCAGAGCACCUUCGCCGGGCGGGCCAGCCAUUUCUUCACCGUAACCGACCCCAGGAACAUUCUGUUAACAGACGAACAGCUGGAGAACUCAAGAAAAAUAGUGCAUGAUUACAGACAAGGAAUUGUCCCUCCAGGCCUUACAGAAAAUGAAUUAUGGAGAGCUAAGUACAUCUACGACUCGGCUUUCCACCCGGACACCGGUGAGAAGAUGAUUUUGAUAGGAAGGAUGUCAGCUCAGGUCCCGAUGAACAUGACCAUCACCGGCUGCAUGAUGACGUUCUACAGGACAACGCCGGCCGUCCUGUUCUGGCAGUGGGUUAACCAGUCCUUCAACGCCGUGGUCAACUACACCAACAGAAGUGGAGACGCUCCCCUCACUGUGAAUGAGCUGGGCACGGCGUAUGUCUCUGCAACGACAGGUGCUGUAGCCACAGCACUAGGACUUAACGCACUCACCAAGCAUGUCUCUCCACUCAUAGGACGUUUCGUUCCCUUUGCUGCCGUAGCUGCUGCUAAUUGCAUUAAUAUUCCAUUAAUGAGACAAAGGGAACUCAAAGUGGGCAUCCCCGUCACAGAUGAAAGUGGGAACCGCUUGGGGGAGUCGACCAACGCCGCAAAACAAGCCAUCACACAAGUUGUUGUCUCCAGGAUCCUCAUGGCAGCCCCUGGCAUGGCCAUCCCUCCAUUUAUCAUGAACACUUUGGAGAAGAAAGCCUUUUUAAAGAGGUUCCCAUGGAUGAGCGCGCCUAUUCAAGUCGGAUUAGUUGGCUUCUGUUUGGUGUUCGCUACGCCCCUGUGUUGUGCUUUAUUUCCUCAGAAAAGUUCCAUGUCUGUGACAAGUUUGGAAGCUGAGCUGCAAGCCAAGAUCCAAGAGACCCAUCCUGAACUACGACGAGUGUACUUCAAUAAGGGGUUGUGAAGUAGGACGAGGAACCGCCACAGCUGGCCCUGCCACUACAAACCUGGUGCAGCCGUGCUGGUGGGGGAAAUCCCGUUUAAUCUGGGUGUUCCCAGUUACAAAAACCUUUUUAAAGAUCCUCGUUGCCCUUUUAGAAUAAAGCUGCUACUUUUAACACAGCCCCUGGUGCAGGCCAGGAGCCCGGCACCUGCUGGCUCCCUUACAAUUGAAUCAUGUUGCGAUUUACAGAAAUCCUCUUCUUACAGCUUUUCCAGUAAUCGUUCUUCAAAGAGACUGUCCCAGCUCUCACUCAAAGUUUUUAAAACCACUUCUAGACAAGAGUAGGUGCUGAGUAUAUGCUCAAAGAAUAUUUACUGAUUAUUAGCCAAGGAAAAGAUGAUCUGUUUAGAAUCCUCAAAAUUUAUCCCAGUUCUGUUUCAAAUCAAGGAGCUCUCAGCAGUGAAUUGGGCAAAAGCUCGGAGGCUAAAUUACAAACACUUAUCCUUAAGUAUUAAGAGCAAUUUGCUGUCAGUUGAACAGGGCAGGCACCAAGUAUUGGGUCAUCAGAAAAAUCCUGAUGCAGUUUUGCAUAGGAAAACAGAAAACUAUAUCAUGACUUCUGGCUACCCAAGAGAGGAGGUUUUUGGAUAUGCCGGGUGGAAGCUCCUUCGUGGGCCUGCCACAAGUGCCAGUCCUAGCCUACCGACAAGCCCUCCCGCUGUCCACAGCUACGUGGGUUCACGUGGCUGGCAGGAGUCCGUGGUUGGCUUCUAAUUUCAUUGUUUUACAUUCUCGUAAAGAUGUUGCCCUUACCCUGCAGUUGUUGAUGUUGUAGCCAAUUUACAUCAAGGAAUCAAAUCAUUGAAAUGUACACAUAUCAAAAUUUGGAGGUAUACUCACCCUCAGUGCCGCGUGACUGUGUUGAGUGUGCUUUGAUGGAUUUUUUAAGAAACGAGACCACAGUUCCAGUUAUCAACGUCCUUUCUUGUCUCCCUUAUCAAGCUCGUUGGUUUUCAAGACAUAGAGAGAGACGAUGUGUCCAUGAAUUCGUAGCAGAAUCUUACUUGAACGUUCUACAUUGCAUUCCAACCGGUCUGAAAAUAAUGAAAUCACGUGCCACUGUUUCCAUCGCCUGUAGUAAUUUCACACAUAAUAUAUGGAUUAUAACAGAGGUUAUGUUUCAAGUCGACAGACUUUCAACACCAUAUAAAAAACCGUUGUUUCACUAAGUGUAGAUCAUUGUAAUUCGGAGAUUUGUAAGUGAAGAAAUACAUAGAAGCUAUUUAGUUUUGACAGAUUUUUUUUUCCUGACAAUGUGACCCAUGACCGAAUUUCCUCAUAAAGAAAAAAUAUUGUGCCUUGUGUCUGUGUUUCUCUUUUCUCUGAAAGGAUUAAUGAAUCUGAAGCUUUGGGCCACUCGGCCUCCCUGGAUGCUGCCAGAACCCUCCCACGUAGAGAUGUUUGGCCUUAGACCAUUUUUGGCAAAGUGGCUUCUCCAUGCCAGCUGGCCUGGGGCAUCUUCUGUUGCCAUCAGUGCUUCUCUUUA